GGAGAACAAAGAGGAAAAGCUAAUUGAGAAACUGGAGGUGGUCACGGUGCCCUCGCCGUCUCCCAAAGGCCUGCCGGUGAAGCAGUACGCUGUGCAGUCCCAGCUUCCGGUGUACGAGUGGCCGGACGUGGGCUCUGGAGAAUACGACGUGGGAGUGGUGGCUUCCUUUGGCCGGCUUUUGAGUGAGGCUCUUAUUCUUAAAUUCCCCUACGGCGUAUUGAACAUACACCCGAGCUGCCUCCCGAGGUGGCGGGGCCCGGCUCCCAUCAUCCACACGGUGCUCCAUGGAGAUCCCGUUGCCGGAGUAACAAUCAUGCAAAUCAGACCGAAGAGGUUUGAUGUAGGCCCAAUUCUCAAGCAGGAAGCCAUCCCUGUGCCACCCAGGAGCACCGCCAAGGACCUGGAAGCUGUGCUGUCGAGCCUGGGUGCCAGCAUGCUUAUCUCAGUUUUGAAGAAUUUGCCUGCAAGUCUGAACAGCGGAAGGCAGCAGCCAGCCGAAGGGGUGACGUACGCGCCUAAGAUUUCUGCAGAUACCAGCUGUAUAAAGUGGGAAGAGCAAACUUCAGAACAAAUACUCAGGCUUUACCGGGCCAUUGGAAAUAUGAUUCCGCUGCAGACGCUCUGGAUGGGGAAUACCAUUAAGCUCCUGGAUUUCGUAGAAGUGAACAGUUCAGUCCUUGCUGAUCCAAAAUUCUCAGGACAAGAUGGUGUUCCGGGAUCUGUCAUAUACCACAAACAGUCCCAAACGUUGCUGGUCUGUUGCAAGGAUGGCUGGGUUGGCGUCCGAUCAGUAAUGCUUAAGAAAACACUAACAGCUACUGAUUUCUACAAUGGAUAUUUGCACCCGUGGUACCAGAGAAAUCCCCAGGUUCAACCAAGCCACUGCAGAUUUCAGACUCUCAGACUUCCUACAAAGAAGAAGCAGAAAAAAAUUGUUGCUAUGCAACAGUGUAUUAAGUAGUUAGGAAGUGGAUGGAUGAGAACCUAUUACAUAUUUGUAAUUUAUUAAGAACCUUAUUUACAAGGAAAACUGCCUUGGUGUUCAAAGAAGAUGAUGCUGUCAGAGGAAGAGGAGAUUUUUUUGUCAAAAAGAUGGAUAACCUCAUUUUCUGAUUUUUAUAGGCCUUUUCUACUUAAGUAACAAAAGAAGUUUAAAUAAAUUUCUAUUUAUAAUGUCACACUCAA